AAAUCGCUUAAGAAAAUUUAAGUCUGUUAUCUAUGCCUUUUUUGUAUUCAUCCGUCAAACGUGGAGACGAAAGGUUGUGGCGAGCAAUAAAAAAUUAAAUUUAGUGAAAUAUUGUGAAUAAUUUUUAUCCACCCUUUUCAAUCAAAACUAAGAUGUCUCGCUACAGAGAAUGGGAUCUUUCUUGCAAAGUGUACGUGGGCAACUUGGGUACUAAUGCGUCUAAAUAUGAAAUAGAAAAAAUAUUUUCUAAAUACGGUAACAUACGUAACGUAUGGGUAGCUCGAAAUCCGCCCGGAUUUGCAUUUGUAGAAUUCGAAGACCCCCGUGAUGCUGAAGACUCUGUUCGUGGACUUGAUGGAACACGCUGCUGUGGCACCAGGAUUCGUGUCGAAAUGUCAAAUGGUCGCACAAGGAGAGACCGCAGGUCCAUUUUUUCAACAAACCACCAACACACCAACGACCUCACCACAUCUCUUCACAACUACGGCUUGUUAACCAAUUUGACAUCCGCGAUCGCCGCUCGCAUCAACGUCUUGCUCGACUUCUGCGGUCGUCUCACCCAACUGCUGCGUGCAGACGAAGUCACCAACAACUGCGUCCCCAUAACAAUCCUUCUCACAGCAGUCACCUAAUCCUCAAUUUUACCUGAACUUGGAAUUGAAAACACAUUCGAAACCUCCAACAGUAGGAAAACAACAAGUGCACUGAAUAAAAUACUCAAACGUUGACAUAUCUACGAGUGCACACACGUUUCACCGUGGCACCAAGCUACUAACGGCGACAGAACCACCUCCCUGUGUUACCACAAUUUUUAUUGAGCUUUCCACUACACCGGUUCUUCGGAAGAUAAAGUUGAAAAUCCAACUUCGCCUCAAUUAUUUCCUACGGCCUCAUAGCAGUCGCACAACGGUCGACCUUCUUCGCAGGCUCACCAUGUAUCGGUACUAUUUGAAUCCUAUACUUAGAACCUUACCUUGAUACCUGUAUUUAAAUUUAGUAAUUUUGUGUUGGUGUAUUAUCAGGUGUAUUGUAGGAAAGUUAGAGCGAACGGACAUUUAUUUUAGUUUUAUUAGAACGUUUCUAUAAAAAAAUACAUAAAAAUUCAAUAAUAGCAGAUUCUAUGUUAAAUUAAAUGUUUAAAGGGCCCAACCUCGAAGCAUUCAGUUUUACUGAAGAAAAAAAAGGUGUAAAGAGUACUCAUGGUUGGUGGUAGCCUGUUAACAUUGCGAUUGUUGACAGCGGGGCUAAUGGUUGUCUUUAAACUGUUGGCUAUCAGUUAUGACCAAAAAGUGAUUUUAUACAUUAUCAUCUGAUUCCAGCAGGUCACGCAGUCGUAGUCCCCGCCGCCGAUCAUACUCUCGCGGCCGGUCAAUGUCUCCACGACGGUCGCCUUCAGUUCGCCGUCGCUCUCCUUCUCCCCGCCGUUCACGAUCACGCGACCGUCGCAGUCGUUCUGACAGCAAAACCAGGUAAACCUAAUGGUUUUUAAAUCUUAUUCUUUUUAAUAAAAGAAAAUAUUAAAUUCUCAUUUUGAAUGAGGUAGGUAUAUUCAUACUAAUUUUGGAUAUUUGUCAUAAUUACUUAUGCAGUUACUUUAACUAUUGUAUGUUUUAUGCGUUUUCAUAUUUAAAUUUACCGUUGUGUAGAAUAUUUCUAUUAUCGCACUUCACUAAUUGCAUCACGUAAUUUCCUUCCAUGACACGAAUUUGAAAACGAUUUAUCCAUCAUAUAAGCUACAAUUUGUGAACAAAAAGACAUUUAUGAAUAAUAUAAAGUCUACUAAGAAAGAUAAAAAAUACAAUAUGUUACUAAAGAUUAAAAAGUUAAACAUGAAAAGCUUUUUUUUUUCAGGUUUUAUUAGGUUUUAUUUUUUAUUCAGUUACUAGUAAUCACGUAUUUUUUUUAUAGGUAUUGAGAAGUUGUGCAGAUUUUAGAAGAACAAUGUGAAAGACUUAUAGUUUUAAGCGUGUACAUGUGAAAAUGCGUGUGGAGUAAUUUGUAUACUAUUGCUAAUAAUAAUGCAACCUGCAUUAGCUGUCUUUGAAAACAUAAGUCUAAAACUUUUAUAAGUGUUUAGAUCACUCACUUCAUUAAUUUUAAGGAAUUAAAAUACAUAUUUUACUUCAUAGAUAUUAUUAAGAUGACUUAAAUAUAAUUUUGAUGUAAA